CAGAUCGUUCGUGUGACAUUUUCGUAAUAAUUACCGGAUUGAUAUCAGAGCCAAAUCCACAGGAGGGAGGAUGAAGCGGCGCAAUGCGGACUGCAGCAAGCUCCGACGCCCGUUAAAACGGAACCGAAUCACCGAGGGUAUAUAUAGCAGUACCUUCCUGUACCUGAAGUUUCUGGUGGUGUGGGUGCUGGUGCUGCUGGCAGACUUUGUGUUGGAGUUCAGGUUUGAGUACCUGUGGCCCUUCUGGCUAUUCAUACGCAGUGUCUACGACUCCUUCAGAUACCAGGGGCUGGCGUUCUCAGUGUUCUUUGUGUGUGUGGCGUUUACGUCUGACAUCAUCUGCCUCCUCUUUAUACCUGUCCAAUGGCUGUUCUUCGCUGCCAGCACCUACGUCUGGGUCCAGUAUGUCUGGCACACAGAGAGAGGAGUGUGUCUGCCCACCGUAUCGCUAUGGAUACUGUUUGUUUACAUGGAAGCUGCCAUCCGCUUCAAGGACCUGAAGAACUUCCAUGUGGACCUGUGUCGGCCCUUCGCAGCUCACUGUAUUGGCUACCCGGUGGUGACUCUGGGCUUUGGCUUUAAGAGCUACGUCAGCUACAAGAUGAGACUGAGGAAACAGAAAGAGGUGCAGAAGGAGAAUGAGUUCUACAUGCAGCUCCUACAGCAGGCUCUGCCCCCAGAGCAACAGAUGCUUCAGAGACAGGAGAGAGAGGCAGAGGAGGGUGAGUUCUACAUGCAGCUACUACAGCAGGCUCUGCCCCCAGAGCAACAUAUGCUACAGAGACAGGAGAGAGAGGCAGAGGAGGCGGCUAAAGCUGUGUCAUCAGACGUGGACCCUACGCCGCCAGUUUCCCAAAAUGGGUCAACUCCCGGUAAGAAGACCCUCGUUAACGCUUCCGUUCCCUUACCGGAACUGGAGUUCCGGGAGAAAGGGAGAGACGGGAACAGCAAGGAACGGGAGGGCAAACAACAACAACAACAACAACAACAACACACAAUAGGAAUCAACAACAACAGUAUCCUCCACACACUGGACUCCACAUUACAGGAGACGGAGUAUAUGGAGAACAUGAGGGGGAAGAGACUGAAUAACGACCUCGGAGGAGGAGAGAUCACACACACAGGCAACACACACACUCCCAAAGAGGAGGUGGGGGGAACAGGGGGAGGGAAGAACUGCAAAAAUGCCAGCGGAGGCGCUGUGGCCACAAACUCCUCCCCUCGGAAUCACAGUGCCACCAAUGGGACCGCGCCGUCGUCUGGCUUGUCCAAUAAGAACGAGAAAAAGACGAAGUCUGCGGGGAAGGGAGGAGCCAAUCAGAAGGAUCCCGUGGAGAACUGUAUUCCCAAUAAUCAACUGGGCAAGCCUGACGCUCUCGUGCGGUUGGAGCAGGAUGUGAAACGGCUGAAGGCGGACCUGCAGGCGAGCCGUCAGUUGGAGUCAGAUUUACGUUCUCACCUCUCCUCCCUGACCAGCCAGGACAGGAGUCUGCGCUCAGAGCUGGGCCAGCUGCGACAAGACAACGAGAUGCUGCAGAACAAUGCUGACCAGGCCAAGCAGAAGGACAAGCAGACCAUCUCCCAGCUAGAGAAGAGGCUGAAGGCAGAGCAGGAGGCCCGGGCGCUGGCGGAGAAACAGCUGGCUGACGAGAGGAAGAGGAAGAAAGUGGAGGAAGCCACCGCAGCCCGGGCUGUAGCACUAGCCGUAGCCUCCAGGGGUGAGUGUACUGACUCCCUGGAUCUCUGUCAGGGGGGUGAGUGUACUGACUCCCUGCGUGGGCGGAUCAGAGAGUUGGAGACUGAGUGUAAGAAGCUCAACAUCGACGUGAAACUCGAAGAAGAGCACAUUAGAGAGCUGGAGGGGAAAUGCCAGGAGCUGCGUAAGUACAAGGAGAAUGAGAAGGACAUGGAGGUGUUGAUGUCGGCGCUGUCGGCCAUGCAGGAUAAAACCCAGCACCUGGAGAACAGCCUGUCUGCUGAGACCAGGAUCAAACUAGACCUCUUCUCUGCCCUGGGGGACGCCAAGAGACAGCUGGAGAUCGCACAAGGUCAGAUCCACCAGAGAGACCAGGAGAUAGCAGAGCUGAAGCAGAAGAUAGCGGAGGUGAUGGCGGUGAUGCCCAGUAUCUCCUACAGCAACGACAGCAGCAGCCUCAGCCCGGUUACGCCACACUACUCCUCCAAGUUCAUGGACAAUAGUCCCUCCUCUCUUGAUCCCAAUGCAUCUGUCUACCAGCCACUCAAAAAGUGACAGUAGCACACACACAUAUUAAUACACACUAAUACACUUACUCACAAGGCAGCAUACAUAGUCCCAUUACACACAUUUUUCAUACAUGCAAAUAUAAAUACUUUUGGUCAUGUUUUUAAGUUGUGUUUUUGGGAAGCGAUAGGAAAAUGUUUCUCGGGAGAGGUCUAGUGCUAGCCUCUCAAAAAUGGGACACACCAGACCCAAUUGGUCAUGGGUUUGUUCCCAUGGCGAUGCUUUUUUUUUGUGUGUGUGUCUGUUUUUGGAACAGAUGGAGAGGUUGUGUAAAACGACAGUUGACGUUUUAGGGAUUGAGAUGUUGACGUUUUAGGGAUUGAGUCAUUCUGUUUUUGGAACAGAUGGAGAGGUUGUGUAAAACGACAGUUGACGUUUUAGGGAUUGAGAUGGUGACGUUUUAGGGAUUGAGCCAUUCUGAUUUAACUGGUAAGAGAGACCUAAAGGGACAUCAGGUUGACAAGGACGCUGUCCAAAAUAACACCCUAUUCCCUAUUUUGACCCGGGCCCAGUGGGAGAUGGAGGCAGAUGAGGACUGGCUGGUUAGUUGAUAUGAAUAUUUAGAAAGACUCAUUGUAUUGCUCAGUCACUCUUUCUUUCAGUCAGGGAUUCAUGAUCGCUCUCUCUUCUCUCUCUCCAUUCUAGUUCAGGUUUUUUUUUUUUACUUUGAGUGUAUUGCCAAACUUCUCUUGGUUUUAAAUGAAGCAACUGAAACAUUUUGAAUUGUUAAAAUGGCACCGUCUGUAAGUUUGAUUAUGGAUGUAAAAUACUUUGUUCGUGUUUUGGUUUCAUCGCCCUAAAGUGUUUUUUAAAAUUGUUUUAAAGUGACGACAUUUCAGUUUUAGUUAUGAUGACAAUAUCGUAUAAUAUCAUCAUAACUACAUGUACAGAUCGGCAAUUUGUACAUUAUUCCAUUUUUUGAAAACUGUAACUGACUCCAAACAGCGUCCGGGAUUUUAUCAAUUAACUCAAAACACUCCUGAUUUGGAGCAUGAACUCAAAACACUCCGGUCAAGAAAUCCAUAAAUCUCUCAAAAUAGGAUUGUCAAUAAAUAUGACCUGGUACUGUCUAGAGGUUAAGUAAUGUCAUCUGUUUGCUGUUAAAUGUACUGAAACCUGUCUCUCUCCUUUAGGACCAAAUUACAAUCUGUUGUUAGGCCAUAUAACUAAAAACAUACUGGAUUUAAUGAUGUCUAAGGUAACUGAUAUUUUACCUGUUGUCAAUUUCACUGUGCCUUGCAAUUCCUUUUUAAUUUAUUUUUUUUAAAGUAGUUAGUAUAAUGAGUUACUUAGUCGAUCUUGAUAUAGGACCCUCCCUCCAGGCUGUGUCUCAAUAACGUGAGCUUUCUGACAAGUGUGGUACAUAUGGUGAAAGCUUAUCCAGGCCUCUCGCCUAUCAUGAACGAAGGAAGUCAGUGUAGUGGAUGGAGAUGUCCCCUUAUUACUCACCAUCUCCCAUGCAGCCCCAGUCUCCCUUUUCUACUAGGGCUCCGUUCCACUGAUGCAACACUGACCCAAGUAAACAAUGGGAGUUAGGAACGACCCUGUCCGCCCAAACAGCUAUUUAAAUAUGUCUGGAGCCUAACGUUUUACCUGGCCAAGUCAUGGGGUCAGGAAAACAAACACCAGGCCUUUUAUGUCCAAUACUACGGUAGCCCAGAGUGGACAUCUAUCUGUUUACAAACCAGGGUUUUGGGGUCAAUUCCAUUUCAAUUCCAGCCAAUUCAGGAAGUACAAUUGACUUUUUUUUAUUUUUAAUAAGGAAAAAUGUGGAAUUGGAAUUUGGUUAACUCUCUGAAUUGAAAUGGAAUUGACCCCCGAAACCCUGUUUUACAACCAUGUACAUUAUUACAUAGCGAUAAAUGUUCUAGUAUUUCAGUUCAAUGUGUUUUCACGGCUUUUUGGUGUUUUCUUAAAUACGGCUCCCUCUCCAUUUUCGUUAGAUUGAUGUAUCGCUAAGCUUGCUUUACGUUUGGAUCAAAAGCAUCAGAACAUGGCUACACAUUGUUGUGCUCAUCUAUUUGACAUGCAGUUUUUUUUGGUUUUUUUUCGACAUUCAUUGAAAGCAAGUCGAGUAAUUGGUUAGAUUUGACUCACUCGCUGCACUAUUAUUGCGCUUAUUGAUGUGGUGCAGCCAUUUUAUUGUUUUCUCUAAUGAAGUAUUAUGUUUUGGAUUUUCUCUCAAUCUCUUUCUAGAAUGAGUCCAGGUCUGUUUCUGCGCAUGCCAACUCCUUAUGGAAUUGUCACCCCCCUCAAAAAAAAAUGUUUUGACAACUCCACUGAGUUGGCAAACAAGCGCUAACAGGUCUGGGACCAGGCGAAUCUCUUUCCGCCCGGGAUGAACGUGUGACGUACGUGUAUGUAUUUGGGAAGUUACACCCUGCCCACUGGGCACACGCAGGUUGAAUCAACUUUGUUUCCACAUUUCAAUGGAAUUACAUUGAACCCACUGGAAUAGACAUUGAAUUAACUGUGACCAGUUUUGCCGUGUUUUUCUGCUGUAGGGUGAAGUUGCCCCGUCACAAGACGGCGAUCUUGGGUCAAUUUUACAUUUCCCCACUAUUGUUAAAAUUAGGAUUAGGGGAGAGGAAGCUGAUCCUGGAUCCUAGAGGAAACGUCAUCCCGGAGCCGUGUUUUCUCAUGUUUCCUACCUGGAAAGUAUUUGUGUGGAUCAUAAUAACGGAUUUGUGACCUGUUUUGUUCUUUUAAAAAUAUGUUCUACAUGUUUUAAUGGGAAAGAAAAUAAGUGUUUCGUUUCUCCUGUUUUCGUUUGUUCCACCAUGUUGUUUUCGUCAACGUGAAGAUGGUGUCGGCCGCGGCCAAACUCCUCACUUUGGGGCCCUCACCGGGAAUUAAAGAACUAUCUUGCAGGCGAUGACGAUGCAAGCUGUUUGAGAACAA